GGCCACGCCCCGGUGGGGCAAGGGCCUGGCUCCCGGGCCUAAAGGGAGCUCCAUUAGGGAGAGCUAGGCUUAUGUCGCGAGGGCACAACGCGCCGUCGAAACUCCAGGCUCCUCCAGAGCUUUGGACACUUUCUUCAUUUUCGACCCUUGAGGUGAGAAGAACGACAGAGGCGGGCAAAAGGGAUCCUAGUUUUGGGGGAGACUAGCGUACGGCGGCUGCCUGGGGACCAAAAAGUCUCUGAGGGAAAGUUGCAGCCUGAAGCGAUUUUUUGACCCCCGACACUUAAUAGGCAGCAGAAGACCCGGAUGUGUCUGGGGCUGGCUGAGGUACCCAUUAACGCGCCCCCGCUAGACCAUCCCCCUUUUCCACUUCUUAUUGGACAACAUAUACAUCAAUCAUUGCCUAGUUAGCCAUUUACUCGCCAAGGGCGGGAUCGUGUUCGGGCAUCCUAAUCUCAAUUGGUGUGCUCGAGGAGAGGAGGGCAGGACGUUGGGUGCAGUUCGACCAAUGGGCGUCGUGGCGUGUGGAGGAGGUGGAGCCGGAGCGCUUGGCAGCUGCCCAAUCAGCGUCCUUGUUUGUGUGGUGCCGCCGCCGCCGCCGCCGGUGCCGCCGCCGCUGUCCCUGUCUGUACCGCAGUGUCUGCUCCGCCCGCCAGCCCGCCCCGGCCCGGCUCGGCCCAGCCCGCCCUCUCCUCUCCCCUUCCCCUCUCCCCGGCCCCAUAAGCGGGGGCCUGGAGUCCAUACUGCCGCCGCCUUUUCCUUUUUCGCCGCCUCCAUUGCCGCUUUAGGAGACGGUCCGAGCCGGGAGUUCCGCCGCCACCGCCAGAUGGAUAUAUGUGGAGUUUGUCGGGUGGAAAUGAGAAUUAAAGCGUGUUAAUGAAUAAAGGGGUCGUAACUUUACAGUUGGCUUUAUGAUGGACAGAAUGACAGAAGAUGCCCUUCGCCUGAAUCUGCUGAAGCGAAGCUUGGACCAGGCAGAUGAUCGGGAUGAUGUCCUGGCAAAGAGACUCAAGAUGGAAGGACAUGAGGCCAUGGAGCGAUUAAAAAUGUUGGCAUUGCUCAAAAGGAAGGAUCUGGCAGGCAUUGAGAUGCCUCAUGAGUUACCUACCAAACAGGAUGGUGGUGGCGGUGGUGGCAAGGGCUAUGAGGAGAAACUUAAUGGGAACCUGAGGCCGCAUGGGGAUAACAGGACUGCUGGACGGCCAGGCAAGGAGAACAUCAAUGAUGAGCCUGUGGACAUGAGUGCUAGGAGAAGUGAGCCAGAUCGGGGACGACUGACUCCCUCUCCUGACAUCAUUGUUCUUUCUGACAAUGAGGCCUCCAGUCCUCGAUCCAGUUCCCGCAUGGAAGAGAGACUGAAAGCAGCCAACUUGGAGAUGUUUAAGGGGAAAGGUAUUGAGGAGCGGCAGCAGCUUAUUAAGCAGCUAAGGGAUGAGCUACGUCUAGAGGAAGCCAGACUGGUGCUGUUGAAGAAACUAAGGCAGAGUCAGCUACAGAAGGAGAAUGUGGUUCAGAAGACCCCAGUUGUGCAAAAUGCAGCAUCAAUUGUCCAGCCAUCUCCUGCCCAUGUAGGACAGCAGGGCCUGUCCAAGCUCCCUUCCAGGCCUGGUGCUCAGGGGGUGGAGCCCCAAAACCUGAGAACAUUGCAGGGUCACAGUGUCAUCCGCUCAGCCACCAACACAACCCUUCCUCACAUGCUGAUGUCACAGCGAGUUAUUGCACCAAACCCUGCCCAACUGCAGGGCCAGCGAGGGCCACCCAAACCUGGCCUUGUACGCACCACCACACCCAACAUGAACCCCGCCAUCAAUUACCAGCCGCAAUCAAGUUCUUCUGUACCUUGUCAGCGCACAACAUCUUCUGCCAUCUAUAUGAACCUUGCCUCUCACAUCCAGCCGGGGACCGUUAACAGAGUGUCUUCACCACUCCCCAGCCCCAGUGCCAUGACUGAUGCAGCCAAUUCACAGGCAGCAGCUAAAUUGGCCCUUCGUAAGCAGCUGGAAAAGACACUGCUGGAGAUCCCACCCCCUAAGCCUCCUGCUCCUCUUCUCCACUUCCUGCCUAGUGCAGCCAACAGCGAGUUCAUCUACAUGGUGGGCUUAGAGGAGGUGGUACAGAGUGUCAUUGACAGCCAAGGCAAAGGCUGUGCCUCACUUCUUCGGGUGGAGCCCUUUGUAUGUGCUCAGUGCCGCACAGACUUUACCCCACACUGGAAGCAAGAGAAGAAUGGCAAGAUUCUGUGUGAACAGUGCAUGACCUCCAACCAGAAGAAGGCCCUAAAGGCUGAGCAUACUAACCGAUUGAAGAAUGCCUUUGUCAAAGCCCUACAGCAGGAACAGGAAAUUGAACAGCGACUACAGCAGCAGGCAGCCCUCUCCCCUACUACGGCUCCAGCUGUGUCCAGUGUCAGUAAGCAAGAGACCAUCAUGAGACAUCAUACGCUCCGGCAGGCUCCACAGCCCCAGAGCACUCUUCAGCGUGGCAUCCCUACAUCUGCCCGCUCUAUGCUUUCCAAUUUUGCACAGGCACCCCAGCUGUCUGUUGCAGGAGGCCUCCUUGGCAUGCCAGGUGUCAAUAUUGCUUACUUGAACACUGGCAUCGGGGGACACAAAGCACCCAGCCUGGCAGACCGACAGCGGGAGUACCUUUUAGACAUGAUCCCUCCCCGGUCUAUAUCGCAGUCCAUCAGUGGACAGAAAUAACGCCUAUUCCAUCUGCCCUGCCCCAAUCCUGAACCCUCUGUUCCCUCCCUUUCUCCCUUUGCCCCCAACUUCCGUCGCAUGCAGUGCCUGUACUGGUGCCUACCAUACACGGAAAACAAAACAAAAAACAGAAGACAAAAAAAAAAGAAACCAACGAGAAAACACAUACUCAUGUCCUUCCCUGCCACCUCCCCUCUUUCACACUGCAGCGAUCUGUUCCUCUGCCGCUCUUUUCUUCUCUCUUCAAUUUUCUAUGAUAGUGAGAGGUGGAUCUGCACCCCACUAGAGGUCAGAGUGAGGUCCCAGGGAGAAUCUGUGCCCUCUGACAUAUGUUUCUGAAGCUUGUUUUUAUGCUAUAAUUAUUAUUAUUUUUAAUGAUGUCUUGUGUCCUCCCUUUUUGUUCAAUGGACGGUUAAACUCUUUUCUUUCCCGUUUUUUUUUUCUUUCUAUUUUGAACAAAGAUAUCCACUUGAGUGAUAGGAGCAUUGCAGUGGUUUUCUUCAUGGGGGUGGGGCUCCAGCCAAAAGGCAUGUGGUGACUAAGGCUGGUUAGGGGAUGAAUAUAUUUAAUCAGUGGAGUUUAGUGACAACACAAGAGGAAGAAUGGCACCCCCAGGCUCUGAGGCAUAGAGUUUUGUAACUGGGAGGGGAACAUUGUAGCUGAGCUCUGGGGAAUUUGGGUCAGGUGCUUUAGGAGGGAGAAGCUUUAAAAACACGGCACCCAUAGUAAUAGUGAAAAUGAAAGAGCAUAGGCAUGAUUUUGAGGUAGGGAGGGCUGUGAACCUGUCCUAGCCCUUGAACAACUGGAACCAGGAGUAAAGGUAAUCUUUGGCUUCAUUGGAAAGAUAGGAGUCUGUUUGAAGCCCAACUUCAGUCCAACAGAUUUGAUAAAGGCUUCCUAGUCUGUCCCUUCUGCCUGUAGCACCAGCCACAUUAAAGGUGAAAGUUAUUUUCUGAGCCCCAUACAGAAUUUGAUUGACUGGGGACCUGGAAGCUGAAAUGGGAGUGAGUAAAUUGAGAAAAGAAAGGGCGGGGGAGGGGGGAGAUAGUUACUGAGGAAGGAAGAACAGAAGGUAUUUUUCUCCAUGAAGGUAAUCUGGCUUCUCUCCCUUUUACUUCCUGAAUAUAGAAGGGAAGAGGGAAGGAAAGGUUUCCUACCCAGGUAGGAAGCUCUAUCCUAACCAUACCUUUGGCAAAUUUGUUCUUGCACCAAGCCAAAUAUCUCACUUCAAAACCAGCUUCAGAGGCUGCUUCUGAGAUCUAAAGUUGGUUUUUAAAGUAUUUUCAGAACUUUAUUAGUUUUGUUUUUGUUUUGUUUGGGAAUCGCUACUAAUGUAGAAAAUGAAUUGAAUUGUGCAAUGUCAUUCUGGGAAUGGGGGGAGGAAAUAAGCACCCAGUCUGCCCACCUUUUGGAUUGAGGGGGUAGGGAAGGUGUCAGGCUUUUUUUUGAGGUGUACUGCCCUCAAACACACACACACACACAGACACACACAGAGACACACACACACACAGACACACACACACACACACAGACACACACACACACACACAGACACACACACACACACACACACCCUUCUAGCUCUAAUAAACUGCCAGAGGUCCCCUAAAUAUAGCAUGCCCAGAAGAAAGGCAUGAGGAAGGAGUGUGCGAUCCUGACCCAGCUUCCAAAAGCCAGCUAGGAUCCACCUCCAUUCCCCACCCCGAAAAAAAAGGCACUUUUAAAAAUUAAUAAGAGAAAGAAAGGACUACACAUUCCCCCAAAAAGGCUUUUGGUGUUUGGAAUAGGGCUAAAGGAGCUGGGACCAGGCUUUGGUCUUCCACCCACUCCUGACACUCCUGUGCCAUUUCGGGUGAUUUUACUGGCCCCACGGGCCUUCCCCAAUUUUUUUUCUUCCUCCCUAACCCCAAAAAUCCAUUGAGCACUUAAUAGAGGGGCAAAGAUACAGCCUGUGUCUGGACUCCCUGGUGGUGAAAGGAUCUGGAAGCUAGAAGCUAGUAACUGAUAGUGAUGGGGUUGUUGUUGCGAGUGUUGUCUGAUGGGGUGUGUGGUACCCCCUGACUGUAAAUGGGGUGGGGGUGGGGGGGAAUAGUGUUGGGUGGGCUCUGGGAUUAUUUUAAAAUUCUAUAUAUAUAUAUAAAUAUAUAUUCUUACAUCUUUUCUUUGCUCUCUGUGCUUUGAAAGCACUGGAUGAAUAGUUUGGUUUUGUUUUUCUCUCUUCCACAAAAUUGGAAGGUUUUGUUUUUUUUUUAAUGUUUUUCUUGUGUCAUCUUGCCAUGUGGCAUGUCUCUCUAGCCUCUCCUUCCCCUCUCCAUCUUCUACCCUGACACAAACACAUGAGAAAGUGCCAUUUCUGUCAUGUAUCCAACUCCCCCAGCCCAGAGGUACAAGGUGCCCAGGUGUGUCAUUUGAGAUUAAAAGUAAGGAAAAACGAAUGUGCAAUACCAUGUGGCGGGUGGCAAUCCCAGCUUUGAGUUUAGCCUCCUACCCUAAAAACCAGCCACCAAUAUUUUGGCCUUGGAAAUGGGUGUGUAAGGUGAUUUUGCAUGAAGGCAGGCCUGCAGUCUAGUACCUGCUUCCAGGGAGAGGGAAAUGAUGUGAUGUGGUGGAAGGAGUACAGCAUGUCUUCCCUCCUUUCUUCUUUUCUCCUCUUCAAGAUCAAGCUACAGAUGCUGCUUAUUGAUCAGAGAGGUCUGUGAUUCUCUGCUUAUUAGCUGAGGUUUGGUUCUUGUUCCACUGGUCCCUGCUUCCCUCUCCACCCCCAGUCCUCCAGAGGUUAGUGUUGGGUGGAUGGCCCAUAUGGUCUUCUGAAUCAUGGUAAAGUGUUAGCCCUCUGCCUCUCCUCCCCUUCCUUUCCCCAAAAAGUCUCCCUUUCAUCACUUGAUUCCUUUUUUCUCUGUUUUCCUCUCCCAAGCCCCUUAUAACUUCCCAUCACCACUUCUGAGUCCCUAGAGUCUGUCUAACAUCCUCAUGGACCUGGACUUCAUGGAUGCUGAGCUGAGGUUCUCCAGGCAGGACAGCCCCAUCUUAAGGAAGGGGGAAGAUGCGCCUUAUUCUGGGACUAUUUUUUUCAUUCUGAAUCCCAGAGCUCAAUGUGGAGGUAGCAGGAGGGCUUCUCCUCACACUCAUCUCCCAAGGUGCUUGGGGGAACUUGGGACUGGCAGGCUAUAUACAGUGCCUGCUCCCAAAAAGCUUGAGAUAGGAUGGGGGCAAAGGGCCUCCAGUGGAAUGUGGGAAGUGAGAAUUGAGGCCCUGUUUUUAUUUUGUCAUUGACCAUAGCAUCCAGUCCCCCAUUUGUCCCUCAGAUAUGUCUUUUUUUCCCCAUAUUUUGGAUGUAAUGUAUGGUAGAAAUUUCCUCAUUCUCAUCUCUCUCCCCUUUGCGCUUUUAUUCUUUUUUCUUCUCUCAAUUCCCUUCUUUCUCCUCCCUCCUAUUUUUCUCAGUCUUUUUUUUUUAAGAUGCAGAUAAGUGUUUUCCUGCUUUGGUUUCCUUUCCUUUCCCUUUUUAAAGGAAUUAGCUGUAGAACUGCUUUGUAAAGAUGCUUCUUGAUAUUUUACUUUUUGAUCCCUUGUUCCCAUCCUCCCCAAUCCUAAAAGCAUAACCCUUCUCCCCUCCCCACUCCUGCCCUCUUUUCCCAGCCCAGGUUCCUUCUCCCUCUCCCAAUGAGAUCUUCAUUAGCUUAUGAUAUUUGCUGCCGAGAUGUUAUAACAAGGACUCAUUCGUGUAUAUAAGCUAUUUCUUGAUCCAUUUAAAAAGGAAGAAUUGUACAUUGUGUAGAAAAAAAAAACAUGAAAAAAGUGGAAAAAAAAAAGCCCUAGCCAUGGAUAUUGUGAAACUGUGUUACGUCAUUUUGUACUGUGCCCGUUUGUGUAUGAUCCGUGCAAAAGGGUUUCUGGGGGUUAGGAGGCAGGGCUGUGGAUGAUGGGGCAAGGGGAUAGGCCAGUUUGGUAGCUGGCUCCCCUGAAUCCCCACCCCGCUUUGGAGAUGCCCCCCCUCCCCCCCAACUGUGCCUUGCCUCCCCACCCUGGAGCAGCCCCUCCAGGUCACCAGCACUGCCUUGGCAGAGCCCUCCCCCCACCCCAGCUGCCCCACCUCCUUUCCCAGCAUUAGGUUGACACUCUGGGGGAAGUGUGGGGGAUGCUGGGGGACUGGGAGGUAGCUGAGGAACAGAACAGUUCCCAGGGGGCAUUGAAACCAAGUAUUAUGAACUGUAAUUGUAUUUGCACUGUUUUUUUUCCUCUGAUUGCAUCAGCAUAUAUACAAUAUACCUACUAUAUAACAAACCACAGUGUCAGAUUUUCUUACACCAGAGAUCUCUCCCACACCCCACACCCUAAAAACAUUAUCCAGAGGAAAGAACCUGGGCUAAUUUGCUUAUGAAGGUUGGUAGGGGAGGAAAUGUGGGCUAAGUAAGUAGGAAAAAACUCUUCUAAUUGUCAUCCUAAGAAGGUUACAUAUAAUUCAGUACCACAUUCAGUUGAGCACUACUAACACUUGUGAUCAGUAUGAAUUGAGAUGAAGGCCUCAGCUGAGCUAGGAAGCACAUGGCCCUUGCUGGAGUGGGAAUGGGUGAGGCUGAGCAAAGAGAGCCCCUCGUAUAGAGAAGAGUUAUAGUGAUGAGAAAACCGUGAAGAGGGAGUGAAGAGAUGAGUUCUAAUUUUGAUUUCUGCAUCUAACUUUGGAUAAGAUUAUAACAAGUUUGGCCUAGAUUGAUUCCUAAAAUUGGUUCUGGCUCUGAGAGGUGUGUUCCAUUUUGACCCUUCCCAAAUACCAUCUUAACAGGAGGGGAGGGAAGAAUAGGUUAGAAUGAGAUAAGCCAGGAAGGAAGAAUCUGGUGAUAUCUCCCCCCCCCCCCCCCUUCAAGUUGGUGUCUCCUCAGAUUGGCAGCAGAGUUGAUGGCCAGAAUGGUAGUGAUCUGAUCUCUUUGAAGUGAAUCUUUAGUGCCCAAUGAGACACAAUCAUCCACAGGAAUAUCUCCUCUUCCCCCGCCACCAGCCUUGGAGAUGGGUAUACAUACCCUUAGUUUCUAUUAGAGCUGGCUGUGAUUUUCUUGUACAAGUGUCUCACUCUACUGCCCCACUAUCAAAGUUGAGACCACAGGACCUUGGAUGCUGACUCCAUAUUAGAAGAGAAUUAGGCAGGUAUUGACACAUCUUUUCUUCCUACUUCACCCCUUAGAUGACCAAGGUUCCCCACCCCUCACCCCAAAAAUUGCAGACUGAGAUGCUUGUCUACCUUUGGCUUCCUCAAGUUCUUGACUAAAUGAUGUCUGGAGGCAGUGGGUGGGACAUGUGGUUGGGGAGAUGGGGUGGGAAUUGAAAAAUUAGGAGAUGCCCUUAUGUGGGGGCAGGCAGGAGGGAGGAGCAAGACCCUUUUGCACAACUCUAAGUUUCCUUAUUUUGCCUCUUCAUUUUUAUUUUCUGCAUUGUGUUUGGGAAAGAAAUAAGACUAAGACCAAUAGAAACUGGUUUUCAAAAGAACAAAUACACCCCCAUCUGUUUCAGAUACUGCCAAGCGCUUCUGCAGUGACAGAUUCAAAUAAUAAGCUAAUUUUUGGAGAAAGGAUUAAAAGAAAAAAAAAACUUUGUAAUAUUUAUCACUUGCAAGCUAUGUUUAAUAAAGAAAGGAAUGGUUUCUAAA